AUGGAGGCGUUUUCCCUGGUGCACAUAGCGCCGUUGAGCACGGUCGUAUCUUUAUGGUACUUUUCUCGCGCUUGGGCAAAUCACUCACUACCUAGCCGACCACAUCAAUCUGCUAUUUUACUGCUUCUAUUAUCAUCUGUGUGCUGUUAUGUUGUCGCACAUUUCACGAAAACGAAACCUUCGAUAGAGGCCUUGUUCAGCGUCCAUCGAAGCCGGAGUAAAUCGGCAUCGGUUCUGCACGACGAUGACGAUUUUUCAAGAAACGGCUCGGAAGAAGCGCGUCCCAAUCGCCCGGGCAGAUGGGGCGUCAUUGUGUUGGUUUGGGUUCUCGCGACGCGUAUUGAGCUUUUCCUCUUCGUCCAGACGCAGCAGCAGUGUAGUUCCUUUGGGUUCGAGUAUUGGCUCUGGCCGGCGCUUGUUGUCUAUCAAUACAUUUCGUCUCGAGACAAGCUUCAAGACGCUAAAUACGGAAGCUCUGAUGACCCGUGGCAUAGCGAGGUUCAUGAUUGGGUGGCGUGGAUUGAGGGCGACCGAAUGCGCCACCUCAACCACUUCAUCAUAUCCGUCUCAUUUGCCAUCGCCGCCAGCAUCGCAGCAAAUCAGUUCGCGCCAUCAUCCUAUAUGUGUAUCCCAUCCAUCGACAGCCCCUCCUUGGUCUGGUAUUCUCAGACAGGAAUGCUGCUGCUGGACAUUACCAUUGCUAUACUGUCCUGGCAACAGUUGGUGUGGGGGAAACACAUGAGAGACCGCCUACAGAACAUUUCCAAAGUCCUCGCACUAUCGGCUUUGUCUGUUUUCAUGUUUGAUACCCUUCUAUCUUUCUGGGGAUCAGUGCAAGAGAUCAGCGGCGAUGUCGCCUUCCUGUACAGCUACGACAUCAUCAUUGAUGGCCUGGCGCUGUCGGUCCUCGUUAUUUCAGCCGCCCUGUGGAUAUGCGAUACGAACCUCACCGGGCCAGUCGGUAUUCCGACAGCCAUCGCAGGUAUAUGGCUGACAACGGAGAAUGCGAGUCGCUAUGGUGAAUGGGACUAUCUUCUGAGGACAGCCGUGCUACUCCCCCUCUUCGUAGCCACUGGAGCUGCAAUAGCAUUUACAUAUGCGCAACAUCUAAGAACGGUGGUGCAUCUCCCCCGCGGGCUGUUCAACUGGAUCGUCUUCAUUGUCGCUUUCAUCACCACUCUGCACGCCCUUUUAGCCAACGCGCCUUUAUAUGACCUUCGGCACCCUAUCAACCAGAUAUUGUACGAUAGUGAGAUUGGCUACAGACACUGGCUGGUCAAGGCAUCUACUAGUAGCACCUCCAGUACUGCCAUCCGAAUCUACGAAGACCGCCACGAGGGCCGCAAGGCGCCUCCGCAAUACAGGGAGUGGUAUGCACAACUCCGCCGCGCCAAGAUCAGAGACAAUUUUCCACAAAUCGACGAGGACCUUGCGCCCUUCUGGCACUUGACUCCGGAACAGCUGCGCGAGGCUGUGCAGGAAGCUGCCCGGCUUCCCGGUGUCGCAACAAUCGUCGUCAAAGACGGCGAGGCCUCGAUUGGGCGCAAUGAUGAGGGCGGCUCGGGUAAAGAAGCUCUCACGCGACUCGUGCACAUGGCCAACAACUUUUCGUCACACCUUCCCGACAUGACUAUUCCCAUCAAUUUGGCCCGGUCGCCUCGGAUUCUGCCACGGUGGGAGACUAGGUGGUCAUACAGCCGCGCGUCAGAAGAUGCCGCCGCUGCUGAUGUCAUCGCCGGGAGAUCUCUCCGCCAAGCCGAGAUGUCAGCAGCGCACGAGGCACAUGGCGACCAGCAGGGGGUAGUGCGAGAGAGGGGAAUUGUAGGACCGGAAAUUCAGAAUCCCAUGACGGCAGGUGAAUUUCGCGCCAUGCUCCGACAAGCCUGCCCACCGAAUUCCGCCUCGCGCGCGAAUCCCUACUGGGAUACGGCCGGGUUUUGCAGGCGCUGUGCGGGGGGUCACUCGACCCUGCAGCUCAUGUCAGACUGGCACCAGUCGCUGGAUUCGGUCUGCUCGCAGCCGGAUCUCAAGAACCUACACGGAUUUUACAUGACAGCACCUGACGUGAGACCUGUCCAGAAGCUGUUACCCCUCUUCAGCCUCUACAAGACGGCGCACUUUGCAGACGUGUUACUGCCGCUAUGGCCUGAAGAGGCAGCUCCAGCUGAGGCGGGGGAGGAUGUCCCAGAUAAGCCAUUUCUGGACCGAUCUGACAAAGUAUCCUGGUCAGGCUCCAUAGACAAGACUACGCUGAUCAAGCCCAUUAAGGUUGAUCAGGUGCGACAAUGGCUGUAUGCCAAGCGUUCAACGGCAGCGGUGAAUAGCAAACUGCCGCUCGAUGUUGGCAUCUCAGACUAUACGGCAUGCACGGGCCACAACUGUGAUGCUCUGAAGCAGCUCUUUGGCGAUGAUUUCCGCGGCCAGACUAGCGAUGAUAGCAAGAUCGUGCUGCUCCUGGACAAUGAUGACGGUCCUGCGCUGGGCACGCUGCGCGCGCUGCGUACCGAGACGAUGCCCGUCAUCUCCACCAUUUUCAAGACGUGGUAUACCUCGCGUCUCCAGCCCUGGGUGCACUUUGUGCCGCUGGAUGUACGAUAUCAGGCGCUGCACACGACGCUCUCGUACUUCACCGUGCUCGAGGACCGCAGGGGGAGCGGCGUCAUGGACUCCAAGGGCAUAGCCCAGCAGGGCAAAUUCUGGGCCAAGGAGGGGUUACGGGAGAGCGAUCAGGAAAUAUACUUUGCUCGUUUACUCAUGGAAUGGGCCAGAUUGGUCGACGACAAACGCGACGAGAUUGGCAGUAAAAAGAAAUGA